UUCAGAGAGAAGUAUCCUUGCAUUGAUUCAUUUAAUUGUGUAAAUCUUUGAGAGAAGGAACGUCUUAAUACCUGAGCAAUUAAUCUCUUUCAUUCCUUCUCUUUUUGUGUUCUUCUUAUGAGAAUUCUUUAGUUUUUAUCAAAGCUAAAAAGUUGAUGAAUUGUAUGUUAAGGGAACCACUGCUACAACCUUUACCAAAAGUACCAAACUCCAGUCCAAAUUCCAUUGACUGCGAUGAUAAAUCCUCAUCAUUUUCCUGGAAUUAUACAUUCAAUUAUAAAAAAUCUGUUAAAACUGAAAAGCGAUUUAUCGAUUCGAAAUUAAAUAUUUUUAAUAUCAAUAAACCGGAUGACGAAAUUGAAUUGUUUGUUUUAAAUCGUUGGCAAAAGUUAAUUAAUGAAAAACAUGGACGUAAAGAAUUAAUUAGAUGUUUAAAUGAUUUGAAACGGAAUCGAGUCCCGGAAGCUAAAAAGAGAUGUGAAAAAUUGUUAAAGAGAUCAAUAGAAUUAGGAUUGACUGAUCAAAUGAGGUUGUUGAGUUUGUCUCUCUUAUCGAAAUGUAAUUAUCAAUUGGAUAAUCCGGAGGAAGCUCUGGAAAACCAACAAGAGUUUUUAAGAUCCGUUGAAGAAUUUAAUGACUAUCAGGAGCUUGUUAGAAUGGAAAGUUUGGAGGAAAUUGGCAAGAUUCUCGUUAAGCUUGGUCGCUUGGGAGAGGCCGUUUCUAUUUUGGAAUAUAGACUGUCCUUGACACCUCCUCCCGCUCAAAAGAGAAUAAUUUGGUUGCGAAAUUUAUUGUCUAUAUGUUUAUUCGAGACGAACAAAGAAAAAUCCAAGUAUUACGCAGAAGAAAACUUGAAAGAAUCUGAAAAGUUAGGAGGAUUAUGGAUUGGUAUUUGUAGCGCCAUCUCUGGCUUUGCUGAAGUUAAUUGCGGCAACUUGCAAAUUGGUAUAGAAUAUUUAAAUAAAGCCCUAGAUUUAUGGCAGGUUGAAGGAAGUAUUAAAAGAAUUAAUGAAAUAAAGCAAGAGAUUUUUCGAGUCAACGAUCUAAUUGUUAAAGAUCUAAAAUCAAAGAAUUCUACAACGAACUAA